AUGAAUACUGAAGAUGACUCCGGUUAUGAGAUACAGACAACCAAGUUCUUUAUGAUUGCAGUACACCACCACCCCACUGGACUGCUUAAGACAGCUAAAAGUGUUGGAUUUCAAUAUCCUACUACAUUAAGAUUAUUCCACAUCGGUUAUGUUCUAGGCGUAAUAUAUGGAUUCUUGUUCUCACUCAUCUUAACAGCGAGAGAAAACUACUACUCAGAUGCUAGUCUAAUCAGUAGCAUCGUACUUGGAGUUAUCAUCUCUGAGACAGGAUUAUUUAUCAGCUUUUUCUGGGGAGUAUAUACUACGAGUUGGACUACUGGUUUAGAUCUUGAAGGUCUUUGUUUACCGGAUCCAAGUUCUCUUGUGCUUUUCAUGACCAUCAUGUUAAGUGCAUUAAGUAUAGUGGUAUCCAGCGUAUAUUUGAAAAACCAACAUUUGUAUACAAGCUGUACGAAUAUCAUGACAUUCACUUUGGUAGUCGCCUCUUAA